UAAGACGCAUUUUGUGUGGAAACGCAAUUUUAAAGCAAGGGCGGUGAUAAAAUAAAAUGGAACUGCGGUUUCCAGGUCUCGUGUUUCCAGUCGGACCCGCCUCUCGUGCAGCGCCGGCCCCGUGCCUCCGUGCAGCGUUAGUAAACAUGGCUGCGGUCCUGCCCUCCAGAGCGUGCGACAGCAACCCCGCCACGCCGGGAGCGCAGUCGUUAAAGGACGACACAGAAGACAACUCCAACGAUGGCAGUCAGGUUCCUAAACGGCGUCGCAUGGGUUCUGGAGACAGCUCUCGGAGCUGUGACACUUCCAGCCAGGAUCUUGGGCCCACGUACUUCCCUGCCGAAAACCUGGUUGAGUAUAAAUGGCCAUCGGACGACAGCGGGGAGUACUACAUGCUGCAGGAGCAGGUCAGCGAAUACCUCGGGGUCACUUCAUUCAAGCGCAAGUAUCCAGAUUUGGAAAGGAGAGACCUUUCACACAAAGAGAAGCUGUAUUUGAGGGAACAGAACGUCAUCACCGAGACCCAGUGUACCUUGGGCCUUACUGCCCUGCGGAGUGAUGAAGUCAUCGAUCUGAUGAUUAAAGAGUAUCCGGCCAAACAUGCCGAGUAUUCAGUCAUCCUCCAGGAGAGAGAGCGCCAGAGAAUCACUAAGGAGUACUCUCAAAUGCAACAGCAGAACCCACAGAAGGUGGAGGCCAGCAAAGUGCCAGAGUACAUCAAGAAAGCCGCAAAAAAAGCUGCUGAAUUCAACAGUAACUUCAACAGGGAAAGGAUGGAAGAGAGACGAGCAUACUUUGACCUUCAGACCCAUAUUAUCCAGGUUCCUAAGGGGAAAUACAAGGUGCUACCCCCCGAAAGGACCAAGACUGGGCCGUACCCUGUUGCGCUUAUCCCUGGUCAGUUCCAGGAUUACUAUAAGAGGUACUCGCCCAACGAGUUGCGGUACUUGCCCAUGAACACGGCUCUGUACGAGCCCCCCCUGGACCCCGAACUGCCAGCCCUGGACAGUGAUGGCGACUCGGACGAUGCGGAGGAGGGCAAGGGGGAAGAGGGCAAGAAGAGCAAAGGCUCCUCGGAAAGCUCCUCGGGCAACACGUCAGAUGGGGACAGCCAGGACAGCGCAGCACAACCCAAGGGCAAAGGCAAGGAGCGGAGCACACCUGCGCCCAAGGACACCCCCGCACGCCCCCUCCAACACAAAUCUGUCCCCGGGUACAAGCCUAAGGUCAUUCCAAAUGCUAUAUGUGGCAUAUGCCAGAAGGGUAAGGAGUCCAACAAGAAGGGGAAGCCAGAAGCGCUCAUUCACUGCUCCCAGUGCACCAAUAGUGGUCACCCCUCCUGCCUGGACAUGACUGCCGAGCUGGUGGUCAUGAUCAAGACGUACCCCUGGCAGUGCAUGGAGUGCAAGACGUGCAUGGUGUGCGAGCAGCCGCACCACGAGGAGGAGAUGAUGUUCUGUGACAAGUGCGACCGUGGCUUCCACACGUUCUGCGUAGGCAUGGACUCCAUACCCCUGGGUUGCUGGGUUUGCGAGCUGUGCCUCAAGGACACCUCGACCCCAAAGAAAAAAGGUGGAACGAAAACUCCAAGGUCCAAAUCUCAGAAAUAAACCCGUGCAGUGUUGACACGCGACGGAAUCAACUGCUGAGUGCUAUUUUGUCUGUUUUUAAAUGGGUAUUUAUAUAUUUGUUACUGUUUCUGUUCCUUUUUUAUUCUCAGGUUUACGCUCCAGGUUUUACUGUCUUGUAUAUAUUGCUUUGACAUGUUUAGAUACGAAAUCUUGU